CCAUAAUAAUCGUCGGAGCUAGUCACAGUGGGUGCUGUCAUAGAAGGCUGUGGCAGCGUCUCUAGAUAUCAACCAUUCUAGUUCUCUUUCAUUUCAAGCCGCGCUUCAGCCAGACCAGGAGCUCUGCUGUCCACGCUACACAUCGCACCCGUCCUACACUUUAGGUCUUUCUCCAACUUGUGCUUACGCGUGUGACAAAUGAAUUUAGGAACGUUUAUUGUGUAUAGUUUAAUUGUGUUUUGAUAUUUAAUUUUUUUUCCUGUGCGCGCAGAUACAAAACUGAACCGCAUCAAGUUUUUUCACUUAAACAUACACCUUUUAAUUUUUCAAACAUUUGGACAUAAAUUUUCGAGUUCGCUGGAACUCAAGUUUGAGAAGCGUUUGAAUUCUGUAAUGGUAAAACCCGUCUCCCUCCAAGACAAGAGGUUUGGUGACACUCAAGUGAACACAAGAAGCUGUGAGUGCUGGUGGUGGGCCUCAAAGGACCCUAGCGUGGUUAUCGAUCCCCAGAAGCAUCCUAAAUGGGUUGAGACCUGCUGUGAAGCAUAUUCUUCUGUCGUCACCAAAUAAUCAAUAAAAAAGAGCCAUGUUGAAAGUGGUCGGGGCUUCGUGGGUACAGACGAGGAUAACUCUCUUCACUCUAGCAGCUGUUACCGUCGUAGGCCUGCUCACCUACUACUAUGGUGGUGUUAUUCCGUCGUCACAUGACGGGAAUUACGCAGCGACGGUCUACUGGUCUCGCACGACCGGGUUCCGGCUGCACUUCUGGGGUCAGAACAACGAGCCUGUAGCUGUCCGCAAGGGUGUGGCUAGGGCAUACUACCGCCCGGACAUGACCACAGACGGGUGGGCAAGCAUCGAGGUAGAGACGCUAGACAGCUACCCCGACUCGGUGCAGGCCCACGCAGCAGGUCUGCUUGAGGGUAGCCUGUCGUGGCAACUGAUAUACUAUCACUGGAAAAACACCAUCGAGCGGACCUGUGAAGACCGUCAGGAUUUCUGUGAGCAGGCUAGAAUUAUCCUUGAUCAAAAUUCAGUUAACAUCAGAGAAAAGGCCAAAAGCCUGGACGAAACAGACCCAUUCUGGCAUCAGAUUAAUCUGUUCUACGAACAGCUGGAUGGGAUUGAAGUCGGAUGGCGUUAUGCCGUGGAUAGAAGUCGUAAAGACUUCGACAUUCCACACCAAGACUUCUUAUGGAUGAACAUGGCUUGUGACCUGAGAGACCUGGAACUGAUGUACAACUCGUCACUCGAGAAUAACCCCCACAGACCACUAAGCAUGGCUCUUCUUAAAAUAGACCCUGGUGACUCGACACAAUUCUUAUUAGCUCACGCAUCUUCUUCAUUUUACAGUGCUAUGCUGCGUGUCCAGAAACGGUACCACUUUGGGUUCCACAUGACUGGCAAGAGUGGUACUAGAGCUGUUGUUCCGGGCCGGGUGGUAACCUUCACCUCGUACCCUGGCACCAUUCACUCUCAGGACGAUUUCUACCAGGUGUCUGGCACCGGUACUCCACUUACUGUAUCUGGCACCGCCAUCAAGAACCUCAACCCCAACCUCUGGGCCCAAGCUGAAGUCACAACUCAGGUGUUCAUGGGUCCACGGGUAAUGGCUGCUAACCGGGUGGCCCACAACGGCUCACAUUGGAGCCAGCUGGUCUCAAAGAGCUACAGUGGUACAGGCAACAAGCAGUGGCUGGUGGUGCAGUCUACGGGUGGUACUCCGGGAGUGCGUCUGUGGGUGACAGAGCAAGUCCCGGGGUUAACACGCAGCGAGGAACAGACAAAGCGCCUCAACACAACCGGUUAUUGGGCCAGUUGUGGCGUGCCAUUCUACCGGGAUAUUCUGAAUAUGAGUGGCAACAUCAUGUCGGCAUACCAGUUGUCCAAUCCUGUAGCCGAAGUCCUGUCGAUGGGUCAGGCCAACGUGACCGACCUUGAGUCUCUGGUGGAGCUGAUGCGCAGCCCGGACCUGACGUUGGUGGGGCGCAGUGACCUGAGCCUCGAUGACAUCCACCAGCUGGAAAUGGAGUACCAAAGUCGCUUCUUGAGAUCCACCACCGAACAAGAUAUGACUAACGAAAUCGUUGACUCUCGUGAAAACCAAGAUAACGAUCAGGAGAAGAGAACGCCACCCCAUUUUGUUCACAAUGUGCGGGAACUCUUCAACACUAUAAUAUCGAAGAAGAAGCUCUCUGAAGAACUUAGACAAAUGGAGGACAACAAUAACGAUACUAGUGAAGAAAUCCGGGUGGCGGAGGAGUUGCCGGAAAUUGACUCGAUAAUAACUAAACGGAAAGUUUUUGAUACUGACGAGAGUAAGAUAUUACCACUAAGAGAAUUUUCUGGCGUAAUUGACCUUAAGGUUUCGAAAAAAGAUGGAUUUCUUGCGGCAGCAGGACCACCGUUCAGUGUAGACCAUGGGGCAGUGGUGGUUCAACCGUUUCAGUGGUCCAAAAGCCUCAUCAAGGACCUCCCUCAUGUGGGACAGGCUGAUGUGUGGAAUUUCGGACCCGUUGAACCAAAAUGGGUUUGGAAUUAACCACGUCGAAUCUAGGAUUUCAAAUUUAGAGAAAUUCAAAUUAGGAUAAAAAAUUAAGUAAUUAGCAAAUAUUUAGAUUAAUGUAGUUAUCGAUUAGUUAGGACUAAAAAUUUAAAUAAAUGAUUUGUUGUUUUAUACUUUUAUUAUUACGGACAUUUACACAUUAAAAACAUAAUAUUUUUGCAUAUCUCUGAUUCAUCCAGUUAAAAAUACCAAAACAUAAGGAUUUGCUAAAAAAAUGUUUUUUUAUAUAACUGUAAUGUAUGAUCUAUGUUUAUUAAUUAAUAAAAUAUGCUGUGAAUAUAACGUCACAUACAAAGUUUUGUUUCGAAAAAUAGUUUUGAGAUGAAAAGUAAAGUAAGGCAGUUGGGAGACUGAUUCACAGAAGUGACUACUUUUAAUGGGCUGUGACUUUAUAUCUUGUAAAAAUAUGUUUGCUAAAAUUAAACGGUUAAUUUAUAUAUUUAAGAUAAUAUGAGACACUAAGUUCUUAAACAUAAAAGUGUUCUCUUUUUAUUUUUCUUAUAUUUUUACGUCAUAUAUUACAAUGAUCACUGACUUCUAAGUAUUAAAGUAAUAAAUAUUUAUACAUUUUUAUUAUUAUAUUAUCUUCUAUAUUAGUUUCUACAAUUUGGUCAGUAUCAUUUUCACUUCAAUCUUGUAAUUUAGCCAAUUUUUUUGCCUUGCUUGAGAAAUAUGAACAUUGUUCAAAGAAUCUGCUCUUUUACUGUCCCUAUAUCUUUGCGAAUGUUGUCUUGAAAAUUCUUUUGAACAUAAUUUAGCCAAUUGUAUUUGCCUUGCUUGCUUCACUUCAUCAUUUUCAUUUUCACGUUUGUUUAUGUUUCGGUAAAGCUGUCAUUCUACUUGAAAGCAUGUGGAAAACAUAAAUAUGUUUGAUGUGAAAAUAAUUUUUUCCUUGUACAAAACAUAUAUCCAUAGCCCGCCAACAAAAGUAGUCACUUCAACUAUACAUUUUAUUUUUUAUAAAUUUAAAAAAGCAUGUGAUUUUGGAAAAACAAUAUUUUCCACAUUUAUUGAUUGAUUUGUGCAUAGAACUCAAUUCUGUAUGUGGCAAACACAUUUUAUUCUUUAAGCAUUUAAAAUCAGUUUUUUCUAAUGUGAUUGGGAGAGUGCUUAAAAACAAAUGUUAAUCUUAAAUAUUUUGUAUGUUCGAUGAUUCUUUUACAAUGUUUUCAAACUAAACUAAAGGGUGAAUCAAAAGGAGCACCGGUUUUGGUUAUAUUAAAUUAAGAGAUUUAUUUUAAUAAAAACUAACAAUAAAUGCACCAACAUGUUUAUAUAACCCUCAGAUUUCUAGUAUGAAAAUUAUAUAUCAUGCAUGUGGCUUCCUACCACGUUGUCCGCAAAACAAUUGUGAUUUUCAGUGAACGGUUCCAGGAUCACGUCAUUUCUCUGAAUGAUACGGAAUUCCAAUCAUCAAUGGCCACUAAAGUCGUUUGACACUUUGUGACCUUUGUCUUUUAGGUUAUCAGAAGUUAUUGGUGUAUGCCAAUAAACCCCAAAACAUUAGUGCCUUGAAGGAAGAAAUUUUACGGUUGUCGGCAAAAUGAAAACUUGUCGUGCAGUCAUAAUGAAUUUCACGGACAAAGUUGUUGCGUGCCCGACAUAAUUUUCCAUACGUGAAUUUUCCACGUUAUAUGAACACGUUGUUGUAUUUAUUUAAAAAUUUGUUAUUAAAAUAUCUCAAUUUGAUGUAUCAAAACCACACUCUGUUUAAAUUGCCCCUUUUACAACUAAUAAAGAUAAAAAAUCCAAAUAGGUCUUAAGAUGAAACGUUUUCACUUGCUAUUGCUGAAAACUCAAGUUCUAUUAUAGGAUUAAAAAUGACAAAAUAUAUUGUAUUAUGUAUUCUCAUAAUAUUCAGUAUAUGUAUGUAUGAUGCAAUUUUUCAUAUUAGUUUCCAUGUGUAUAAUAAUAUGAGUGCGUAAGGUUAGAAAAAUCUAACUCACUGUACUCAACAUGGAACCAAUCUGUGAUAAUUGAAGUGCUCAAUGGCUUAGGACUAAACCCUAGGAGCAUCCACAAGAAUUCCAAAACAUCCACUGUCUUAAGCCUCGAGGUGGCAGUAAAAAAUUCCUUAAAUGUCAGGCUUUUAAUGUUUUGUACGUUUACGUUUAAAAGUACGUUUUAUAAAAUAUAUAUUCAGUAUAAACAUACGAUUGCAUUGUAUUUAAUUUUUCACGAGAAUCUGCAAAUGUCAUGGUGCAUUGUACACUACCCACAAAUUAACUAUUUCCCAAAAAAAAAAAUAAACGUGUUAAUGGAAAGAUAGGUUAUGUGAUAGGGAACAACCUAAUAAAGAAUGAUAAUGUACUGUAUUAAUCAAACAUACUCUAAAUCGAAUUUAGCUUUAGAAAAUCUAUAAUUUGUUACAUGUGAAAUAGCUGUAGUGAUAUCAGAUCAAAACCUCAAAUAAUACAAAAUGGCUACAAUUGUUACCAUGGAUACAACCUUUAAAUAAUCACAAUAAAUUUAUUUUUACACUGCAAAUGUUUUUUUCCGAGUGUGCCAUCAUAUUUUGUAGAAUGCACAUAUAUCUGUCUGUGGGCUUAUGCAGACUCUUCUUGUAAAACUUCAAAAAAUGUUAUUCCUAUUUUAUAAACAGUGUUGCGAUACUGUAGAAUCAGACUGUGUUAGUGUGAAACAAAAAAAAUAUCUUUUUUACACCAGAUGCAACAAAAAAGUUUUUGUUCGAAAAUCCUAAAAAGUUUUGCAAAAAAAUAUUAUUAUAUUAUAUAAAAUAUUAUAUAUAUCUGCUUAUUUUUAUCCUUUUCAUACAUAUAUAAUUCAAAACAGCUAAAUUGUAGCAAAUUUAGUCCUGAACACAGAAAUGUAUAAUAUUAUAAUGUUUGCAUUAGUAAUUCAUUAUUUUUGUACUGACCUUUAUGAGAUAGGAACUGCUUACACCUCAGUUCAACAAAAUCAUUAAAAAGAAUGUCACUUAUGUCACUAGAUUUACAUGGAUAAACAGGAAUAAAAACUCACAAUGGUAUUUACAAUAAUUUAAGCGGUAAAGUGAAUUUGAACAAUGCGAUUUGCGUCUAUUGCACUCGUUUUAGUUCGAGUAGAUGCAAUCUGUGUCAAUGGACUCGGAGGAUUGUUAUGCUAAAAUUUAGAGCGUAACUUGCACUAUCAAUCAUAAUUACGCUUAUAAUUAAGAUUAGCUGGUACGUCUUUAAGUAUCAGCUCAUAGAUCUCAUUUGAAGCAUAUAGUUUAGGAGCUCCGAGCCGUUUUGUAGGUUAUAAACACACCACCAUGUUUUUCUUGAAAUCAAUAAAGGAAGUCUUUCUAAGAGACUUUUUUAAGAAACAAGUCAAUUAUCAACCACACAAUUUUUGGUGGAAGUUGAAAUGGAAGGUUACCGAAAGAGUUAAAAAUAUCAAACAAUGUUUUUCUCAGAUUAUAUUUUUUUCUAACUUGAUACACUAACAGCUGACCAUCAGAUAACGAGACUGAAAGUCACCACUUUAAGGGUCUCUGUAUGGUUAGCCGACACUAAGUUAACCUUUAUUUAUGUAAGGUAGGUUCUAAAUGUCUUAAACUUAGAAAAAUAUUUCCUGAGAAAUAAUGAUCCUUUUCUGUUUUUAACCUUUUUUGAUACUCUCCCAUUUCGAUGUCCACCAAAACUAGUGCAGCUGACGAUGGAUGAUUUUAGACAAAAUUCAAUUGAUAAAAAACAGGUUGUGUCUUUAUAAAAUGCAAAUUGGUUUCUGGACUAUUUUGUCCUUGUCAAGAACCAGAGAAUUAGACUUUGCAAAACCUGUAUUAUUCUACUUCCUCAUAAACACAAAUAGUAUUAUGAGUUUCUUUUAGGAGAUUCAUUGUACUUUAUAUUGAAAGGAAACUAACACAACAAAUAAAGAUACUUUUUAUGCA